GCGGACCGUGAGGGGCAGGCCUGUGGCGCUUGUCUUCUUGUCCCGAGCUUGAAAGGAGGUGGAAACAGCAGCGGCGGUGGCGGCGGUGACGACGUUCGUCGUUGGAGACGCAACCUGAGGCGAGUCCCUUCAGCGGCGGAACAACCGAAGGAAGAAGGACCCAGCACAUUCUGACAGAAGAUUAUUCACAAAAGAUGGAGAGCCUGCUGUGAGAAGAAUCAUUCAUCUCUGCUUUGUGCCUGCCUGUGGAAGGACAGAAUUACACUAAUUCUCCCAAGAUUGCCUCUGAAAAUUUGGUAUCGUGUGCAUCUUUCAGUCUGGCUGUGUGUUUAGUAUGUGGAUUCUACCUCUUCACUAAUGAGAGGGAGAAUGGGAACCCAGGGCAGCCCUGUGAAGAGCUAUGAUUAUCUGCUCAAGUUCUUGUUGGUUGGUGACAGUGAUGUUGGCAAAGGAGAAAUCCUGGAGAGCCUUCAAGAUGGAGCAUCUGAAUCGCCUUACGCAUACAGUAAUGGAAUUGACUACAAGACCACAACAAUCCUGUUAGAUGGCAGACGAGUCAAACUGGAGCUCUGGGACACAUCGGGCCAAGGGAGGUUCUGUACAAUUUUUCGGUCAUACUCCAGGGGAGCUCAGGGAAUCCUCUUGGUCUACGACAUUACCAAUCGCUGGUCUUUUGAUGGAAUAGACAGAUGGAUCAAGGAAAUUGAUGAGCAUGCUCCUGGUGUGCCCCGCAUCUUGGUUGGCAACCGGCUUCAUCUGGCCUUUAAACGGCAAGUGCCAACAGAGCAAGCCCGCUCCUAUGCAGAGAAAAAUUGCAUGACGUUCUUUGAGGUCAGCCCAUUGUGCAACUUCAACGUAAUUGAGUCCUUCACGGAGCUGUCUCGUAUUGUGUUGAUGAGGCAUGGCAUGGAGAAGAUAUGGAGGCCCAACAGAGUGUUCAGCCUGCAAGACCUCUGCUGCCGCGCCAUUGUUUCCUGCACACCCGUCCACCUUAUAGACAAGCUGCCCCUUCCCGUCACUAUCAAGAGCCACUUGAAGUCCUUCUCCAUGGCUAACGGCAUGAACGCAGUGAUGAUGCACGGCCGCUCAUACUCCUUGGCCAGCAGUGGAGGUGGGAGCAGCAGCAAAGGCAACAGCUUGAAGCGCUCCAAGUCUAUCCGUCCGCCACAGAGCCCACCGCAGAACUGCUCGCGUAACAACUGCAAGAUCUCUUAGCAAGUUGGUGCUGGGGAGUGUCUCCUCCAGCCACGCCCGCCCACUCGCUGAUGUACAGAUGUUUACACACACGUAACCCAUUCCACUGUGGGGUCCCUCCUGACGUUCCUCUGUGUCUCUGGCAAC